UUAGAAUUGUAAAUUUAGAAUGUUUAGAAUUAUCAUUUUUUUUCUUCUAGUCUCUAAAAAUGUUUAUUCACAAGCAGUUGAACCUCCGGUUUUUGCGUGUGUAGACGGAUUCAAAAUAAAUGUCACUCAAAUCUGCGAUGGCAUUGUAGAUUGUCCAGACUCUUCUGACGAAUUGAAGAAGCUAUGCUAUCAUAUUGUCUGUCCUGUAUCUUCAUACCGAUGUAACUACGGAGCUUGUAUCUCAAAAUCUUUUCGAUGCGAUGGUUUUCAAGAUUGCAUUGAUGGAAGUGAUGAAACUCACUGUGAAACACCUAAUGACUGCACGAGUCAUGAGUAUCAGUGUGUUCAAUCACUUGAGUGUAUUCCAUUUUUCCAAACAUGCAAUGGUUACGUAGAUUGUAAGGACGAAAGUGAUGAAAGUGCAGAGUCAUGCAAAGAUUACUUCUGUCCAGCUCACACAUAUCAGUGUGAGUAUGGUGGUUGUAUUCAUCCGGAAAUAAUUUGUGAUGGUACAGAAGACUGUCCGGAUGGAAGCGAUGAAAAAAUUUCAACUUGUGCAGCGAUCAACUGCGUUGGAGAUACUUGUCUCAAUUAUAAUUGUCAACCAAAUGAAUUUUCUUGUAAAAGUGGAGGACAAUGUAUUUCCAUUUACAAAGUUUGUGAUGGAGCUCAACAGUGUCGAGAUGCUUCGGAUGAAACACCUGAAAAUUACGGAUUUUUUCAAUGUGAUUAUGGAGCAUGCAUCCCUGAUUCUCUCAAAUGUAACUUAGAACCAAAUUGUCACGAUUGGAGUGAUGAAACUAUUUGCGAUUCAAGUCUUCCUAAUGGAGCAUGUCGUCUCCCUUCUGCGAAACCAGGAACUCAUUACACAGUUUCUCAAUAUCCACAGAGUCGUCCUGGUCAAAUAGUUCCUGAGCUUACGCGGCUCGAUUUCUCGUGUGACGUUGAAGAAACUUUAGAAGGGUCUUCACACGCUUAUUGUCAAAAUAAUAACUGGGUUCCAUAUGUUCCAACUUGUUACUCUGAGCGACAAGAAAUUACGUGCCCGUCAUUAGACGGACCCGCAACAAAUAAACGUUGUGAAGUGUUAUGGGGACCGAAACAAGGUUGGAUUUCAUGCCAUGAAUCUAUGCCAAUAGGUACACACGUUACCUUGGAAUGCCCAGAAUUUUAUGAAAGAAAAUCAGGAUCCUUUUUUACAACGUGUCUUCAUGAUGGAACUUGGAGCCAGGUUCCUCUGCAAUGUAAACCUAUUUGUGGAACAAGGAAUGAAAUAGCAACUCCUUUGAUUGUUAAGGGUUGGGAAAUAUCUCCGGACGAGAGUUUGCCUUGGCAUGCAACGCUAUUCUCACAUGAAAAUGGACAUUGGAAAUUUUUUUGUGGUAGUUCUUUGAUCCAUGAAAGCGCUAUUAUAACAGCCGGUCAUUGCGUUUGGAAAACAGACCCUGAGACGAUCCGUGUUAUUUUUGCUGGAUUUUCAAGUAAUUUUACGUUAGAUGAACAAAACAUGGAAACUCAAAUUAUUGGAGUUUCAGAAAUUAAAAUUCAACAAAUGUAUCGAGAUCAUGAAGGAAAUUACGGCUCUGACAUAGCUAUUUUAAUUUUGGAUAAACCAGUUACAAUAACUAACAAUGUUAAGCCAGUUUGCUUAGACUGGCGAGUAACUUCAGACGUAUCUUUAAGAUCUGAAGAAAUGGGUUUAGUUACUGGUAUGGGAAUAACAGAAAACGACACCUUUAGUGACAAACUCCGCAUCACGACCGUAAAAAUAAUUCCUGAAAAUGAGUGCCAAGAAAGUCAGAAGAGAGAUUUUCGAAAAUACUUAACUUACACAACAUUUUGCGCUGGCUGGAGUAACGGAACUGCAGUUUGUAAUGGAGACAGUGGAGGUGGAUUAGUGCUACAAAGACCUGAUGAAAAAAUAUGGGAUUUACAUGGUGUAGUAUCCAUAAGUCCACGACGAUUAGGAACGAAUAUUUGCGAUCCAAAUUAUUAUACAGUAUUUACCAAAGUAUAA